UGUUCAAGAAGGCAGAAGCCAUAGUGAAGAAAUGAGAGGAGGAAGAAAGGAGGAAGCUGGAGGAAGCGAAGAGAGAAGAACAAGAAGCAGUUGUGCGCAGCAUCAAGGAAAAGUAUGAUGGCGUGUUGCAGGAUCAGGACAUCAAGAUGCAGGGUCUGCAGAAUCACCUGCAGGUGUUGCAGGAGGCGGGCAAAGAGGAACAAAAGGAGCAUCAGCAGGCAGUGGAUCAUCUGAAACAAAAACUUGACAGAACUGAAGCUGAGAGAAAGCAAAUUGAGGUUGAUAGAAGGAAGUGGGAGGAAGAGAGGGGGAAGGAGAUGGAGAAGAAAGAGGAGGACAUGAACAAGGCAAUGAUUAUGAUGAUGGACAAGAUGGAGGAAGAUAGAAAGAAGAGAGAAAUUGAAAUGGAGAAAAAGAUGAAUCUACUUGAAAAUGAAAGGAAGAAGCGGGAGGAAGAUGCAAGGCUGAGGAAAGCUGAGAGGGAAAAAGAAAGAGAGAAACAGAGGCUGGAACUUAAGCAGCUUGAGAAAGAGAAACAAAAGGAGCUUACAAAUAUGAGAGAAGAACAGAAAAAGCAAAAGGAUAUUUUUCAACGAAAACUUGAUGAACAGGCAAGGAAAAAUGCAAGAAAACGGUCUGAAGGUGGAAGAUCCUGUUCCAUCAUGUGAACAUGUCAUUCUGAUCUGCAUCAGUGGACGCUCCUCUUGCUGGUAUCCAACGCAAGUCCCACACAGUAUACAUAAGACUAAUAAACUCAACUACUUUUGUUACCUUUCAUUUUUAACUCUUUAUUCCCGUUUUAUAAGUUUGCGUUUAAACCCAUUUUUGCCAUAUGCAGGUCAGGUUAUGGAAUACUGAAUAAAUGUAAACCUUGCAAGGGAUGCCAUGCCAUUUGAUUGGCUGAACAAGCAAUUUUCGAAGGUAGUACACGCCCACUAGCUGAUUACCGCUUCCUGAUAGGAUCUGAUAAUAAAGUGUUGCAUUAUU